CGAGGAAGCCGCGGCUGGAGGCAGGUCCUGGCCGGGAGGGUGCGGGGAUCGCCCGCCUCGAGGGAGUCCCCGGGGGGCGGCCGAGCAUGUGCAGAGCGCCCGCCGCCGCUCACCCGCGCCCGGUGCUUUCUCUCUGUCUCCUCAGACGCCGGCCCAGGAUGCAGCCGCCGGCGCAGGCGGAGCUCCAGGCCGGGGACCGGCUGAGCGGGGCCGCCGCCCGGGGAGACUUGCCCGAGGUGCGGCGCCUCCUGCAGCACGAGCUGGUGCACCCGGACUCGCUCAACCGCUUCGGCAAGACGGCGCUGCAGGUUAUGAUGUUUGGCAACACCUUUGUAGCGCAAGAGCUGCUGAAGCAAGGUGCUAGUCCCAAUAUCCAAGACGAGUCUGGCACGGCGCCUGCCCACGAUGCUGCCCGCACCGGCUUCCUCGAUACUCUGAGGAUCCUUGCAGAACAUGGCGCUGACGUAAACAUACCUGAUGCCUCUGGUUCCCUGCCCCUGCACAUUGCCAUCCGGGAAGGACACACUGAUGUUGUGCGCUUCCUGGCACUUGGGUCCAAUCUGCACCACCGAGAUGCUGAGGGACGGACGCCGCUGGAGCUGGCACAACAUCUGGGGCUUAGAGACAUCCAGGGCAUCAUUGAGCAGCACUUCUCCAUCUUAGCUUAGCCCAGCCCUUACUUGGGCAGAAGGAACGGCAUCGGCACCGAAUCAGCUCCUUUGUGCAUAACUCAGGCCUCCUUCGCUAAGGAUUGUCCCUUGACGGCCUCAAGCCCUAGAACAGAGACAGCUUGUUCUGUCCUACCUCACACUCUGUGUUCAGUUACAUUUAUUGUUGUUUCUAUUUAUAUUAUUUUAUGGGUUCUCUUCUCUGCUUCUAACAUCCUAUUCUUUUGAAACUUGUCACGUCCCCGAGAACCAGAUGACCCUUUCGGUGGGCCGGGCCAGCUUAUGCAGUCUUCCACUCUGCUUGCACCUGGAUUGCCCACCUUGAUUCUUGUUCCCCAAUACUUUCUUUAGGAGGCAGCUCUAGUCACUCCUGGUAGCAUUUUGUUUGGAACAAGGGAUGUUUCUGAUCCAAAGCACACCCAAGAGAACAGGUGGAAGGCUUUGCUUGGCUGGGGCUUUCUCUGUUCUCACUCUGUUUUUUGGGGAACAGUUGGUGUUUUGCCCUCCAAGGUAUCUUGUUGCAUCUGUUAUUUCUCCAUUAAACUUUUCCUGUAGAUAGCACUUUUCCAGUGUUGCACUUUCACCUUUGUGCGCUGGGCAGGGAUGCCAAGGGGCACAGGCUGCAGUAGCGAUAGUGUGAAACUUUGGGUGUAGUUCUAUUCUCUCUGUCUCUGCAGAUUGGAUGUGUGGCCCCCAAUCCCUUGUACAGUGUCAGAACUCACUUAACAUCUAACUGGUCAGAAUUCCAUCUGUCUUUCACUGUCCCCAUCCAUCCAGUGAGCUUUUCUAAAAUUCAUAGGAUGUUUUGGCCCACUAUACUCAAAAUGACCAUUUCCUCCACGACUCUUUGUGUUUAUUCCUGCCCAUCACACAAGCGUUGAAAGUAUGUAUUGACUCUGUUAUGUUUUUACUGAAAUGUUUUAUGCUUCUUUUUGGCAGCUUGUUCCCUGAAAUGAAUUUGUGGAUCUGAGCUAUGUAUAUAGUCGAUUUCUAAGGAAGGAAAAUUUAUUUUAUUUAUUGUGAUUUGCAAGGUUUUGUUUUAUGGAAUGACGGAUUUACUUAUUAAAACAUUAAGCCGGUGGCUUAUUGGACUUGA